AUGCAGAAAAUUAGUGCUUCAUCUUUAGCUCUUGGUCCAGAUGGAUUAAACAUAGCUCAGUCCUUCUUCAAGCCCAUCCAUGGUGCAUUACCACCACCACCCACCACCCGCAACACCAAAAUCUCCGUCAUUGGCGUAGGAAAUGUCGGUAUGGCCAUUGCACAAACCAUUCUGACACAAGAUCUCGCAGACGAGAUCGCUCUCGUCGACGUUAACCCCGACAAGCUCCGUGGUGAGAUGCUUGACCUCCAGCACGCCGCUGCAUUCCUCCCACGUACCACUAUCUCUGCAUCCGUUGAUCACUCAUGCACUGUUGGUUCUGAUCUUGUGAUUGUAACCGCGGGUGCCCGCCAGUUACCCGGGGAGUCUAGGCUGAAUUUGUUGCAGAGGAAUGUGAGUUUGUUCUCCAAGAUAAUUCCUCCAUUGUCAGCCGGGUCUCCGGAGACUGUUAUGAUGAUAGUGUCUAACCCGGUGGAUAUUUUGACGUAUGUUGCAUGGAAAUUAUCUGGGCUUCCAGCUAACCGGGUUAUCGGGUCAGGUACUAAUCUGGAUUCUUCACGCUUUCGGUUUCUCAUUGCGGAUCAUCUUGAUGUCAAUGCCCAUGAUGUGCAGGCAUAUAUCAUGGGAGAGCACGGAGACUCAUCUGUAGCACUAUGGUCAAGCAUAAGCGUUGGCGGAGUGCCGAUACUUAGCUUUCUAGAUAGACAACAAAUCGCCUAUGAGAAGCAAACACUCGAGAACAUACACAAAGAGGUCGUCCAAGGUGCAUAUGAAGUGAUUGGUUUAAAGGGUUAUACAUCAUGGGCCAUUGGUUACUCGGUUGCUAACCUAGCUCGGACCAUAUUAAGGGACCAACGCAAGGUGCAUCCUGUUUCAGUACUAGCUAAAGGGUUCUAUGGCAUCAACGGGGGCGAGGUGUUCCUUAGCUUGCCCACACAGUUGGGAAGGAGCGGAGUGAUGGGAGUGACGAGUUUGCAUCUAACCGAAGAUGAAUCUCAACAACUUCAAAAGUCUGCUAUGACCAUUUUGGAGGUGCAAAGCGAAUUGGGUAUUUGAAUUUGAUUAAAUAUCCUUUUAUAUUUAUAUUAGCAAACAAUCUGUUUGUAUUUGUAUUUAUUUGUGAUGUUAAGUUUAUGUGUGUGGUUUUCUUUGUAUUUUGUAAUCUUUAACAAUUAAAAAUAUGUGAGUUUUAUCUACUUCAAUGCUUUUACUAAUAA